UCCCCCGUGUAAGAGUGAGGUGGAGGAGGACAUUCCAGUCCAUGUGACCACAGAAAAUUCCAGUAAGAAAUCUGAUGGAAGGUUCAUGUUAUCACCAGAUUAUAAAGUAGAAGAUGAAGAUAUCGGGCAGUGCUCUUCAGGAGAAAACCUCAUUACCCAUAAUGUCCAUCCAGGACUUCACAGUACAGAUCUAUCAUAUAAUGCUCCUAAUCAUAAGGAACCUUCUUCUGACCAAUCACAGAUUGUUACCACAAGUACUGGGCAGAAAGAUGGUCACUAUGGUAAAUUUGGAAAGCCAUUUACAUAUAGCUCAACAAUUUUUAGGCACAGAGGAGUUCACACAGAAGAGAAGUCGUAUUCCUGUUCAGAAUGUGGGAAAUAUUUCGUAUUUAAAUCACAUCUUGUUAAACACGAGAGAAUUCACACAAGAGAGAAGCCAUAUUCAUGUUCAGAAUGUGGGAAAUGUUUUGCAAAUAAAUUAAACUGCUUCAUACAUGAAAGAAUUCACAGAGGGGAGAAACCAUUUUCAUGUUUUGAUUGUAGAAAAUGUUUUAAUACUAAACCAAAACUUAGGGAACAUCAGAGGAGUCACACAGGAGAGAAACCAUAUUCGUGUUCACAUUGUGGCAGAUCUUUUACAAAAAAAUCUAAUUAUAUGAGACAUGAGCGAAUUCACACAGGAGAGAAGCCAUUUUCAUGUUCAGAAUGUGAAAAAUGCUUUAUAAAUAAAUCAGAGCUUGUUAUACAUGAGAGAAGUCACACAGGAGAGAAGCCAUUUUCAUGUUCAGACUGUGGGAAAUGUUUUACAAAUAAACCAAGUCUUGUUAUACAUGAGAGAAUUCACACAGGAGAGAAGCCAUUUUCAUGUUCAGACUGUGGGAAAUGUUUUACAAAUAAAUCAAAUCUUGUUAUACAUGAGAGAAGUCACACAGGAGAGAAACCAUAUUCGUGUUCACAGUGUGGCAAAUCUUUUACAAAUAAAUCAUAUAUUGUGAGACAUGAGAGAAUUCACACAGGAGAGAAGCUAUUCUCAUGUACAAAAUGUGAGAAAUGCUUUAUAAAUAAAUCAAGUCUUGUUAUACAUCAGAGAUAUCACACAGGAGAGAGGCCAUAUUCAUGCUCAGAAUGUGAGAAAUGCUUUAUAAAUAAAUCCGAGCUUGUUAUACAUGAGAGAAUUCACACAGGAGAGAAGCCAUUUUCAUGUUCAGACUGUGGGAAAUGUUUUACAAAUAAAUCAAAUCUUGUUAUACAUGAGAGAAGUCACACAGGAGAGAAACCAUAUUCGUGUUCACAGUGUGGCAAAUCUUUUACAAAUAAAUCAUAUAUUGUGAGACAUGAGCGAAUUCACACAGGAGAGAAGCUAUUCUCAUGUUCAGAAUGUGAGAAAUGCUUUAUAAAUAAAUCAAGUCUUGUUAUACAUCAGAGAUCUCACACAGGAGAGAGGCCAUAUUCAUGCUCAGAAUGCGGGAAAAGUUUUACAAAUAAUUCACAUCUUGUUAGACAUGAGCGAAUUCACACAGGAGAGAAGCCAUUUUCAUGCUCAGAAUGCGGGAAAUGUUUUACGAAUAAAUCAAGUCUUGUUAUACAUCAGAGAUCUCACACAGGAGAGAGGCCAUAUUCAUGCUCAGAAUGCGGGAAAUGUUUUAAAGAAAAAUCACAUCUUAUUACACAUGAGCGAAUUCACACAGGAGAGAAGCCAUUUUCAUGUUCAGAAUGUGAGAAAUGCUUUAUAAAUAAAUCGGACCUUGUUAUACACAAGAGAAGUCACACAGGAGAGAAACCGUAUCCAUGCUCAGAGUGUGGAAAAUGUUUUACAAAUAGAUCAAAUCUCGUUAAACAUGAGAAAAAUCACGCCGAGUUGAAGCGAUUUGGAAGGACUCCCCAUGAAAUCUUUUAACGUACUUUAUAUGGACAUAUUGAUGAUCAGUCUUCAUUCAUACAGUAUAUAAAGAUAAAGGUG